GAGAGAGAGAGUAUAAAAAUAUAGAUAAUUUACAGCCCCAAAUAUCCUUAGAUGCUUCUGGAAUUUGCUCAAUUUUGCUUAGUCGCCAUUGACACCAAACUACCCAGAUCUUGUUCUUCCUUAAUCUGCUGUUUAUAGAUCAAUUAAGGUGAAUUUAAGCAGAUUUGAACUGUAGAUUUGUGAAAGAAAGUGUAAAAUUGAACUCCAUUGGUUGUGUGUAGUGUGUUUUCAUGAAGUUUCAAUGUCGCCCAAGACUCUAGAUUCACGUCAAGCCAUUGAAUCAUGUACAUAUCAUCUACAUUCUUGGAAACCCUUUCAGUUUCCGAUUCCAAAUUCCAAAACCCUAGAUUCAGAUUCUCCAAAAACUUACUCCCCAUCUACCCAUGGUGGGGUGCAUACAAAGCGUCAAUGUAGAGCAGAUCGAACAACUUCUAUCCCAAUUGAAGCUCUUGACAUGUCAAAGCUUAGUUUAUUUGAGGAGGAUCGGCCUUUAUCGGUUCAUAAGCGGGAGAAUCUUAGGUUGAUAGCUGGUAAGCGUCGGCGUCGUGGGUCUCGUUCUGUAUCCGGGAGGAGUAGUGAUCGGAGUGGGACUCGUCGUCGGUGUUGCUCGGUUGGAGCUUCAGCAGCUUAUGGGACUUGUUCGGAUUUUCCUGUUGCUGUUGGGACUGAUUCGAGUGGGGAGUUGUUCGUUAAUGGGGAUAUGCAUUGGACAUUGGAUGUUAGUGAGGUUACGAAGAAUUUAAGGAAGGAGAAGGAAGGUGGUGGUGGGGUUGGUGAAAAAGAGAGUAUUUUAAAUGGUUUGUCUGUGCAAAGUGGGAAUUUUGAGGGGUUGGGUAAUGAAUCAGGGUAUGGGAGUGAACCAGGGUAUCGAGGCGAUGCAGAGUUUGGAUAUGGUGAUGAGUUUGAUGAAGAAGAAGAUGAUCAACGGCUUUCCUUCUGGGGUGACGAAUUUGGAGAUUUGCUCGAAGUAUUUAUCUGUUGCAAGUUGGAACGGAAAGAAGUAAUCCAGCAAAGUUGUGCCAGCACUAUUGAUGUUAAUUCAUUCAUGCUUUCAUUUGUUCUGGGGAUUGAUUGUCAGUCCUUCAGCAUUUGAAAGAACAUUGAGAAAAGGGAGGGUGCGGAAGUUAUUAAACGUUGAUCGAGGAGAAAGUUGGAUAUGGCCAUAUGCAAAUGGUGGAUUUCUAAUGGCUGAUAGCAACUUGAUGAAUAAAAUUACAAGAUUUGCAGAUGUACAUGUCACUAACCCAAUCAUUGGGACAGAGGAUUAAACUUGGUUUUAGAAGUUGAGAUAAAAGUAUGCCAUGAAAUUGCUUUUCAAUUAAAUAUCCAAGUUGGAGGUUUGCAAUGGACUUUGGAUAUGUUUAAGAUAAGUAAAGUAUCGUGAACUGUAGAGAUUUUACUUGUGCUUGUCUUAAAGCCCAAGAUUGCUUUACUUGCACUGUUGGUUUUCAUAUACCCGUCUGACUUCCAACCCCCCUCCUCAGAAAAAAAAAGAAGCCUUUUUUAUGUAAGGAAAAUACUUUUAUUAAUAGUGUGACUUCCAACUUAUAUGUUGGAAUAUACUCUACAGACAGUUUUCUCUUCCAAAUCCACUUUUCCUAUAAGUGGUAAAAAUGGUCUUAUUUCUUUGUGUUGACAAGCAGGAUUAAGACUAUUAUCUACUUAAUUGAUAGGGAAAUCCAUUCUUAAAUGUGUCUGUUUUCUCACUUGCGUCUUGUUAACAAAAUUUGUUCCAGAUUAGUGUUUUAACUACCGUAUAUAUUCACACGUCUUAUGACAUAAUUAACAAUAUGUGCUAUUCUACUUGUGGCUUUUACUUUCACAGCAACAUCAAUGGCCCAUUAACCCAUUUGACUCUUGAGUAGGGUUUGGAAAGGGAAUGGAAAUGAUAGGGAUGCAUUAGGAGGUACUUGUCUUUGUCCAUUUGUGUAAGGGAGUAAAAUUGACGCUUUUCAACUGUUUUGAUUUCUCAAAGAUUAGAGGUGGAGGUAUAAUCUGGAAAAUCAAAUUGGUUGAGGUGGUCCUUUGCUGAAAUCCAGGGAGAUUAGUGAAUCUUACAUAAUCAGCAUCCCUCUCUCCAUCUUGUUUUUUUUUCUUCUGUUGUACUUCUCCCUUUCUAAGAAAGUUUCAGUUUCUUCUAGUAGAUAGGAACCAGAUAUAAUGUCUUUUUAUCACCUUUUCCCUUGACACUAGUGAUGUCAAAUUUUCUUACUGGCUCUAAGUAAUAAUUUGUCUCUACUUGGCAUAAAUGCUGGUAAUCAUGGUGAAAAAAAUUCAGAAGAAUGGCACAAGGUUACUGGGGGUUAUCUGUAGCUUGUGACUUGUGAGCAAGGCAGUGUUACCACUUCGUUCUACUGCAAAGGCUACUAUUAUUAAAUAUAGUAUAACCAGGGUAGAGAUGGGUUAAAAUUCACCGAACAAAUUCACAUGGCUUCUUCGUGUUCGUGUGUUUUACUUUUUUAUAUUUAGGAUUCCUUACUGAAAAUUCUGGUUCCACCACUGGUAUAAUCAUGUAAAUAUAUAUGCUGGGAUCUUUACCAGUGGCAGGUGGUUAAAAUGCUUUUAUAAGCAGACUGUUUUUGUUGAAAUCUCAAUUGGGGAGGGGUGUGGCUGCAGGAUUCUUAGACAGUUAGAUUGAGCUUGCUGUUGUCAUGAUUUCUGUUAGUAGAUCAGUAGUACUUCAUCACUUGGUGCUUUUGAAUGCUAAUUGAGUAUAAGCCCACCUAUUUACUGCUUAACUUGUUUCAUUGGUCUCUU